GACAUGGUUGCGGUAGCAAAGCUAAUGAACGCCACGCUUGUGUUGCCCUUCUUAGAUCACAAAUCAUUUUGGACAGAUCCAAGUGAAUUCAAGGACAUAUUUGAUGUCAAACACUUCGUGGAAGCUCUCAAGGAUGACAUCUCCGUGGUGGGAUCCCUCCCCCGGCGAUACGCCAAGACGAAGCCGCUGAAGAGGGCUCCCAUCUCCUGGUCUAAGGCUUCCUACUUCAAGAGCUUCGCUAAUGUCUUGAGCAGGCGUCGGGUGAUAGAAUUCACCUACACAGACUCCCGCCUCGCCAACAAUGGCCUUCCCCCUUCGAUUCAGAGGCUUCGGUGCCGUGCCAACUACCGAGCGCUUCGAUACACGAGAGAGAUCGAAGAGCUGGGGAAGACAUUGGUCCGUAGAUUGAGAAAUGGCAGCGACCACUACAUCGCUCUUCAUCUCAGGUACGAGAAGGACAUGCUGUCGUUCACCGGCUGCAGCCACAACCUGUCGUCCCAUGAGGCGGAAGAGCUGAGGGCGAUGAGGUACGGGGUGAAGCACUGGAAGGAGAAAGAGAUCGAUAGCAAGGAGAAGCGGCUCCAAGGCGGGUGCCCCAUGACGCCGCGCGAAGCUGCCAUCUUCCUCAAGGCCAUGGGCUACCCUUCCACCACCAGCAUCUACAUCGUGGCCGGAGAAAUCUACGGCGCGAAUAGCAUGGAAACGCUGACGGCGGAGUACCCCAACAUCUACACCCACCACAGCUUGACGUCCGCCGAGGAAUUGGAGGGUUUGGAGGGGUACCAGAACAGGCUUGCGGCGCUCGACUACAUCGUCGCCCUCCGCAGCGACGUGUUCGUGUACACCUACGACGGGAACAUGGCCAAAGCGGUGCAAGGGCACAGGAGAUUCGAGGGAUUCCGGAAGACCAUCAACCCGGACAGGCAGAGGCUAGUGAAGCUGAUGGAUCAGCUGGACGAGGGUGUCAUAAGCUGGAAGAAGCUGGAAGAGCAGGUGAAGAGAGAUCACAAGAACAGGCUCGGAGGGCCGUACGAGAGGAGGACCGAAGGGAUCCCCAGACAGGAAGAGUACUUCUAUGCGAAUCCUCUUCCGGGAUGCUUGUGCAUGAAGCGACACAGGAGCAUCUGAAGCAGGAGGGGUUUGCACCGAGAAGAGGAAGGUGGCAGUUCUGGGAAGCUCCCUUGCUCGAUCGCUGUAAAGACGACGAGAGUUUCUUCUGACGGCCUCCUCUGCUUCGGGAAUAGAAAAACCUUGCUGUAAUGUGAGAUUCCGAGGCAGGCAAAGACAAAAGGCAUGCAUUCGUAUAGAGAAGUAGACAAGGGGAAAGCAAAGCUUCGUCAUCAGUAUAUCAUCAUCACAUGAUACAUAUUUACUUUGAAUCAAAGCCCAGUUUCAGUUUCUUGAGCAGUCAUCAGUAUAUAUCAUCACAUCGAAAUCAUCUGCUAAGUGCAUGGCAGCGUUACAAGUGUGAUAUCAUCGUCCCAU